AUGAAGAAGUGCCUUGGUUUUGAUUCCACCAAGUCGGGACAACUGCGGAGCACGUUUGAUGUGCUUUUCACAGAGCUCUUAUCCUUUCCGAUAUAUUUUCCCGGGACAUCAUUUUACCGAUGCAUGCAGGCAAGGAAAAUUGUGCAGAAGACAGUCCGGGACACGUUGGCAGAGAGGUUAAGUGCACCAAGGAAUAAACAUAGCGACCUCCUUGACAUAAUUAUCGAAGAGCUGCGGGCUGAAGAGACAUCACUAAGUGAGAAUUUGGCUGUUGAUAUUGUCUCAGCGUUGUUGUUCGGCAGCGUCUUCACGCUAUCAGGAGUCAUCGCUGUAGCAUUCAAGUCACUCCAUGACAACCCAGACGUUGUCCAUGCCCUCGAGCAAAAACAUAUCAUUAGCAUGUACAAGAACCAAAUAGGCUACGAAGCCUUGUCGGAGAUGGAUACCCUGCAUAGAUGCAUCAAGGAGGCAAUUAGAAUGCACACAUCAGCACCAGUUUUAGUUCGCAAGGCACAUACGAAAUUCAGGGUGCAUACCAAGGAAGGCGAGGAAUAUGACAUACCUAGGGGGCAUAACAUUCUAGUCCCUACUGCACUCAACAAUAAGCUAACACACAUUUACAGUGACCCUCAUUUGUAUGACCCGGAUUGGUUUGGCCCUGGAAGAGAGGAGGACAAAGUUGGUGGCAAGUACUCUUUCACAACAUUUGGUGGUGGAAGGCAUGUUUGCCCUGGCAUGGCCUUGGCAUACCUACAAAUUAAGGUGAUAUGGAGCCAUUUGUUAAGAAAUUUUGAGCUCAAGCUAAUAUCUUCAUUCCCUAAGGCUGAUGGGAGCAAGAUGAACCAAGAGCCUAAAGGAAAAGUAAUGAUAAGUUAUGAGCGACAUCAGCUUAUGUGA